AGAAAAAUUUUGGAGUCGCUUCCCUUCAAUAAUUUAUAAGCUUUUUGUGAACUUCUCUGUCUCCAAUUCUUUUGACUUGGACUUGGGUUUCUUCUUAGAGAGACAGUGACGCAGAGAGAGAGAGAGUGCGAAUGGAGGGAGUUGGAGGAGGAGGGGCGCACUAUAAUCCUCGCACUGUUGAAGAAGUUUUCAGGGAUUUCAAAGGCCGUAGAGCAGGAAUGAUCAAGGCCCUCACUACAGAUGUUGAAGAAUUCUAUCAACAAUGUGAUCCUGAGAAGGAGAAUCUUUGCUUGUAUGGAUUCCCUAGUGAGCAAUGGGAAGUCAACUUACCUGCUGAAGAGGUGCCUCCUGAGCUGCCUGAGCCUGCACUAGGUAUUAAUUUUGCAAGAGAUGGCAUGCAAGAAAAGGACUGGUUGUCUUUAGUAGCUGUACAUAGUGAUGCGUGGCUACUUUCUGUUGCCUUUUAUUUUGGUGCAAGAUUUGGAUUUGAUAAGGCUGACAGGAAAAGGCUGUUUAAUAUGAUAAAUGAACUUCCAACAAUAUUUGAAGUUGUGACGGGUACCGCAAAGAAACAGGUGAAGGAAAAGUCAUCAGUAAAUCAUGGUAGCAACAAAUCCAAGUCCAACACCAAAGUGCAGCGAGGGUCGGAAUCGCAAGGAAAACAAUCAAAAGCACUGCCGCAGAAGGAUGAAGAAGAGGGCUUGGAUGAAGAAGAAGACGAUGAGCACGGGGAAACCUUGUGUGGGGCAUGUGGCGAAAAUUAUGCAUCUGAUGAAUUCUGGAUUUGCUGUGACAUAUGUGAGAAGUGGUUCCAUGGGAAGUGUGUGAAGAUAACUCCUGCAAGAGCUGAGCAUAUUAAGCAGUACAAGUGCCCAUCAUGCAGCAAUAAGAGAAGUCGCCCUUGAUAUUUCCAAGUAAUCUAAUGGGACUGUAGUUGUACUCUCUGCCGGGUGAAAUUUGCUAACUGCUUUGCCAAUUAGUUUAUGUUUCUUAGUUUAUAGUUUGUGCAAACAUGUGAAUGGUGUCCUUUGUUGUGGGGAAUCCCAUUUUUAGGUGUAAAACUAUUUAUUUGUAGUUUGGUACAUGCGUAGUUCCUCUUAUAUUUUAAUGGGCAUAUGCCAAAAAUUCUGCCUGUGUA